AUGGUCAACAUGCAAUGGUUAAAUAGCUUUCCAUGUUCUGAAGCCAUUUUUCUGCCUGAGAUGGCCUUUGAUCAUAGUCCUAUCUUGGUAACUAUAUACGAGGAUAAAAGCUAUGGGAAAAAGCCAUUUAGGUAUUACAAUAUGUGGAAGAUGGCUCCAGAUUAUGACAAAAUGGUGACACAGUCUUGGAAGGAAGAAACUAGAGGUUCAAAAAUGUUUAGCAUUGUGCACAAGCUGAGAAGAUUGAAGGUAGUACUGAAGCAGAUUAACAGGACAGGGUUUUCUGAAAUACAAAAGACAGAGAUGAUGACAAAGGCAAUGCUGGCAAAGGUACAUGGGAAAUUAAGUCAAGAUCUAAGGAAUGAAGAAUUGAUGCAACAGGAACAGAUUGUAAGGAAGAAAUAUGCAGAAAUCAGCAAGGCUUUUGCUAGCUUCAUGGCUCAAAAAACUAAAAUCAGUUGGGCUAAGUUUGGGGAUGACAACUCCCACCUUUUCCAUGAUUCUUUGAAAUUGAGAAGACUCCAAAAUAAGAUCUACUCGAUUAAAGAUGAGUAUGGAAACUGGUGUGAUACCCCAGAUAAAGUCCAAUCUGCUUUCCUUGAGUAUUAUCAGAGGCUAUUGGGAUCGAAGGCACCAGAAAGAAGGAAGGUUUUUCAAUCUGUAGUAGAUCUUGGGCCUAAAGUUACAGAGUGUCAUAAACAGCUACUAUUAGCAGAGUACACAUCAGAGGAAGUGGAAUUAGUUAUCUUCUCUAUAGAUAAGGAUAAAGCACCUGGUCCAGAUGGUUAUGGGAGUGCUUUCUUCCAGGAUAUUGGGACUUAG